AUGAACCUUGUGUGGAAGUCUGACGAACGUCCUACAUCUAACCUCAGAGCAGCAAAGAUAAGGAUGGACCUGAUGACCAACAGCUUGACAACUGAUGGUUUUCGACAGUAUGAUGAACACCUUGAGGACUUAUACCAAAGUCGCAUCAUCGAGUAUUCUCACCAACAGGAUCCUAGCUGUUUCUUUUUGUCACACAGAGGUAUUCACCGCAACGGAAAAUUAAGAGUGGUAUUUGACGGCUCUGCUAAGGAUGGCUCAGGAAGGAGUCUGAAUUCCUACCUUGAUCUUGGUGUUAACCUCUUAUCUUGCCUCUUAUCAGUGAUCAUCAGCUUCCGCGCCGAUCAAGUAGGUUGUCAGAGCGACAUUAAGGCUGCCUUCCACCAAAUACUCAUCAAGGAGGAAGCUCGAAAGUAUGUUCAGUUUCUGUGGGCAGACGAAAUUCUCAGAUUCCAGAGAGUUCCUUUCGGCCUUUCUUGCUCACCCUUCAUGCUACUUCAAACAAUUGCCACCCACGUACACCAACAUCCCAUGAUCGGACCUGAUCUUCGUGGUCGCAUCGAGCGAGGCAUUUACAUGGACGACCUGUGUCUUAGCUUUCCAUCAGCAGACAAAGCCGAGGCAAGCUUGAAGCAUGUAACUAACAUCUUUGUGGAUGCCAGCAUAGAGCUGCAUAAGCUGCGCAAAACUGAAACGCCCUCAGACGAGUCCAAGGUCCUCAGUCUGAAGUGGGAUACUGUAGCUGAUCACCUUGCGGUAAUUAUUCCACAGCAGUCAACACACCCGAGUACAAAGAGCGAACUCCUCUCCUUGGUAUCAAGACCGUUCGAUCCUCUGGGCGUCCUCACACCGUGGUUGAUUUGGGGCAAAAUUGUGCUGGUGUGGUAG